AUGGCAUCAAGUCUGCAAAAGUUCAAGAUUGUAUUCUUCGUCCCUCCCUCUGCCCUCAGCGCCUGCAAGACCGCUGUCUUGAGUGCCGGUGCAGGGCGUUAUCCAGGCCAAGGGGGCUACACGGAAGUUUGCUUCACAAGCAGAGGAACGGGACAAUUUAGACCGGGCAACGCUGCCGAUCCUCACAUUGGCAAGGCUGGUGAACUACAGGAAGUUGACGAGUACAGAGUCGAGGCCAUGUGCAUGGGGCGCGACAUAACUGUCAAGGCCGUGGAAGCGCUGAAAAAGUGA